AUGGCAGAAAAUAAUCAUUUCAUUCGAAGGACGUUGGGGGAUUACAUGACCCCAGAUCGAGCUCCACAGACGGCAAGCAUUUGUAGACCAAACAUAGAGGCUAACAACUUUGAACUGAAGCCGGCACUGCUGCAACUGAUUCAAAAAGAUCAGUUCUCUGGAGGAAGCUCAGAGAACCCUUAUAGUCAUCUUGAUGAUUUCCUACUUUACUGUGAUACAUUAAAAGUGAAUGGAGUUCCUCGUGAUGCUAUCCUGCUCAGACUAUUUCCAUGCUCACUAAAGGAUGAAGCAAGAGAUUGGCUGCAGUCUCAACCUGAAGGAAGCAUAACCAGAUUACUCAGGAAGUGUCCUCAACAUGGAAUUGAAGCAUGGGAGAAAGCAAGGAUCUUUUUCCAAGGAAUGACAUCCAACACAAGAACAUUGGUAAAUGCUGCUUCCGGAGGCUCAUUGAAAACAAAAACUCCAGAAGAAGCACUUGAAUUGUUGGAAUUAUUAGCAUCUCAAGAAUUUGACAAUGCCUCUGCUCCAGUUGCACCAAGAAGAUCAGGAAUUAUGAAGCUUGAAGGCUAUGAUGAGGCUCAUGCAACUGAGGAUUGUGAAUACAUAAGAGCAGCAGAAAAGUCACUAGCAGAGGUCAAUGGACUCUGGUAUGAUCAGAAGAAUCAGAAUCAACAUCCAGGGUUGAGUUACAAGUCAAACUACCAGCUGAAUCCUCCUGUGCCAUUGCAACAACAGCAGCAACCUCCACAAUCAGAGUGGGAAAAAGCAUUUGCACAUCUGUCCAAGACCACCUCGAACUACAUUCAAAAUUCAAAUUCCUUCAGAGAGGAGACAAGAGCCUCAUUUCGGAAUCAAGAAGCUUCGAUCCGGAACUUGGAGACUCAAAUUGGUCAGCUGUCAAGACAGUUCACUGAAAGGACUCAGGGUGCUUUGCCAAGCAACACAAUUGUCAAUCCAAGGGAGCAUUGCAAUGCUAUCACCACUAGGAGUGGGACAAUAAUUCAGCUAUAG